UUGCCCCAUGGAAGCAUGGGGUGGCCCUUGUUUGGAGAGACUCCUGGCUUUCUCAAGCCCCAUAGAUCAAACUCAUUGGGAAGCUUCUUACAAGAACAUUGUUCUAGGUAUGGCAAAGUUUUCAAGUCUCAUUUGUUUGGUGCUCCCACCAUAGUUUCAUGCGACUUUGAGCUCAACAUGUUUAUUCUUCAGAAUGAAGGGAAACUAUUCCCUGUUGAUUACCCCAAGGUAAUGCAUAACAUCUUGGGGAAGUUCUCUGUGCUUCUUGUCACUGGCCAUCUUCACAAGAAGCUAAGAAGCACCAUUAUAAGUUUUGUCAGUGCAUCAAAGUCCGAAUCCAACUUCCUUCACUGUGUAGAAAUGCUUGCACUCUCAAGGAUUAAUUCAUGGGAUCUAAACUGUAAACAAGUUGUUUUCUAUAAAGAAGCUAAAAGGUUUUCCAUCAAUGUUAUGCUGAAGCACCUAUUGAACAUUAAUCCUGAUGAGCCACUAGCCUACAAGAUUUUAGAAAACUUUGAGAACUACAUCAAGGGUUUUGUUUCAUUACCAUUAAAUAUUCCAGGGACUGCAUAUUCCAAUGCUGUGCAGGCUAGAAUAAGACUCUCGUCUAUUAUCAAAGAUAUUAUAAUGGAGAGGCGUAAAGGUAAUGUGGGGUUUGUGGAAGGAAGGGACCUAUUGAAUGUGAUUUUGUCAAAGCAGAACCUAUGUGAUGAAGAGAUGGUGAGCAUUGUACUGGACCUCUUGUUUGGGGGUUAUGAGACAACUGCAAAACUUUUGUCCCUAAUUGUCUAUUUCCUUGGGGGAGCCUCUAAUGCUUUAGAAAGGUUAAAGGAAGAGCACCAAGUGAUAAGGAAAAGCAAAAUGGAGAGGGAACUACUGAACUUGGAAGAUUAUAAGCAAAUGGAGUUUACUCAGGAUGUGAUAAAUGAAGCUAUGAGAUGUGGGAAUGUAGUCAAAUUUCUGCACAGGAAAGCUUCUCAGGAUGUCAAAUUCAAAGAGUUUGUGAUACCCGCAGGGUGGAAAGUUCUUCCUGUCUUAUCUGCUGGACAUUUGGAUCACACUCUUUUUGAAAACCCUUUGGAGUUCAAUCCCUUCCGGUGGAAAGACAAUUCGACAAGCAAAAAAGUGGCACCGUUUGGUGGUGGUCCACGACUCUGUCCAGCGGCUGAUCUAGCUAAAGUGGAGAUAGCUUUCUUCCUUCAUCAUCUUGUCCUUAAUUAUAGGUGGAAAAUCAAGGCAGAUGAUCACCCACUUGCUUUCCCUUACGUGGAGUUCACCGAAGGCCUGCUAUUGGAUCUUGAACCCACGGACACUACUUUUGGGUACCAGCACCCUUGA